AUGGACCUUUCUUCCGGUCGCACCAGCCGCAGCGAAAACGGAAAUCAGUGUCACAGGGAAAACAGCAUGCUCUAUCUCUUACUGAUGUUUGGUACUCUAUGGCUUGGUCUAUUCAUCUACAACUUCCGAAAGACGCCAUACCUGACUAGAUCGAGACGUGAAAUCUUGGCAGACUACGCGUUGCCGGUGGCUGUAAUAAUUAUGUCUUUUACGGGAUCGUUCUGCUUUAGCGAAGUUCAUGUUGAGCAUUUCGACUACAGCAUCGUUCAACCUGUUGGAACUCUAGCGGCUAUUUCGCGUCUGCCAGUGGGGGCGCUGUUGGCAUCGGUGGCAUUAGGAUUCUGUUUGUCUUUCCUGUUUUUUCUUGAUCAGAAUAUCACCUCAGCAAUCGUGAACAAUCAGCAAAACAAACUGAGGAAAGGCACGGCGACGCACCUCGACCUGCUCGUCGUGGCCAUCCUGAACAUCUGCUUGUCCCUGUUCGGUCUACCUUGGAUGCACGCGGCGAUUCCGCAUUCGCCUCUCCAUGUGCGAGCGCUCGCUGAUGUAGAGGAACGAGUCUCGCAAGGUCAUGUCCACGAAGUAAUAACCUAUGUGCGAGAAACUCGGCUGGCUUCUCUGAUUUCGCAUAUCCUUAUAGGUCUGUCCGCCCUUUGGCUUCUGCCAAUGCCGCUUCAGCUGAUUCCUCGAUCGGUGCUGGACGGCCUUUUUCUAUACAUGGCAGCAACAUCUGUCAACGGGAACGAAAUGUUCGAAAGGAUUUUGCUGUUGGUUACGGAACAGGCAGCGUAUCCGCCCACACAUUACAUACGAAGAGUUCCGCAAAGAAAGGUUCACUUGUUUACCGUGUGUCAGCUUUUGCAGUUGGCGGUUUUAUGUGCUUUUGGUUUCGCUCCUUAUCCGUAUGUUGAAAUGGUGUUCCCGUUGAUAUGCUUCUGCUUCUUCCCUAUCCGGUAUGUCUGGUUAAUCGAUUUUUUGAUAUCUUAUUUACUGCAUUAUAAUCGAUUUAAUCUCGUCUAAAG